AUGGCUGCCUAUAUCGCACCGACAGCAUCGAAAGCGAAUUGGACAGCACUCACUCAAAGUGCCUUUCAAAUGCAUCAGUGCAAUAGUACUUCACAUACUGUCUAUCAGUCACCAAGCUCUGCUAAGCUGUUCCAAACUGCACCAGAAAUUAAAAGAGGAACAUGCCAACACACAGUAUUCGUUCACGGCGUCAAAGGUAAUGAUUUAUUUGAUGGUACAUUCGAAAUGCCGAUGAAAACAAUCCAAAAUGCUUUAUCUCGUACUCGUCAUUUACGUACUAUGCAUGGUAGUCAGAGCACAAUAUGCAUGACAAUACAUGGAGGAACUUACUAUCUUGGAGCAAAUGCCACGACAGCAAGUAGUCAAAUUGGCGCCAUUGCACUUACAAGUAACGAUACUAAUCUUGUUAUUGAAAACUAUCCAGGUGAAACUGUUGUAUUAAGUGGUGGGGCACAUUUGCAAUUGCAAUGGUCUGUUCAUGCGAAAACAGCAACAGAAGGUACAAUCAUGAAAGCUCAGGUACCAGAUUACAUCAAUCUGGAUCAGUUCAAUGAAUUGUAUAUUGAUGGCAAGAGAGCGAUUGUUGCGAAAGCUCCUAAUGGUGAUCCUUCUACUCAAGGACUAUAUGCGAACAAUCCAGGAUUUUUCAACAGCGCAAAAAGUUGGGCGUCACCAGUUGAAACUCCAAGUAUGAAGAUUUAUGUUAGCGAACCUUCUCGCAACGGGACAAUAUUUACUAAUUAUCAAGACGGUAUAGGUGGUGGUGCUUCCGUUUUCAAUCCACCAAGAAAUUAUUGGAGUGUCACCACUCCACGUGGUGUUCUAAACUAUGUUGUUCCGCGUGGUCUUACGGUCGAGAAUGGUCAAUUACCUCAUUUAAGUAAUUGGAGCAAACCUAGCACUGGUUUUGUACACACUUUUCACGGUGGUUAUUGGGGUAGCUGGGUGUUUGGAAUAGCUUCAAGUAACAGUACAGAGAAUACAAUCAUAGUUGGGCGAGGAGGUUUUCAAGAAGCACAUGGUUGGGAUUAUGGCGGUUCAUUUUAUGUUUCAAACAUUUUUGAAGAACUUGAUUCGCCAAAUGAAUGGUUCUUAGAUAAAGAUACUCGUACUCUCUAUUUUAUGCCAAACGACACUAUGCCCAAUGUCUUUGUUGCUAGUCAAAUUCCCUGUAUCAUCUCUGUGAGUGGCAGUAGCAUGGAAGAUUCUGCUAAGAAUAUAUUGAUUCAAGGUUUAACAUUGACACAAACAACUAACACUUAUAUGAGAGAUUAUAUGGUACCAAGUGGUGGUGAUUGGUCUGUUCAUCGAGGUGGAACCAUCUUUUUGACUAAUACAAAAAAUGUUACUAUUACACAGAAUUUAUUGACAGAACUUGGUAGCAAUGGAAUAGCUGUCAUCGAUUAUAAUGAUGCUACCACCAUUUCUUUGAAUGAAUUCGUAUGGUUAGGUGAUUCAGGUAUUAUUCUCGUCGGUACCACGAACGGCAUUGAUGGUUUUAGUAUAGCAAGUCAACCAGCUAAUAUACUCAUACAAUCAAAUAUAUUUCAUGAAACCGGCAUCUAUAUUAAACAAUCAUCACCAGUUCUAAUUACUGUAAGCCGAAGUGUGACUGUUAGAGGAAAUCUUAUGUUUAACAUGCCACGUGCUGCAAUCAAUAUAAACGAUGGUUUUUAUGGUAAUCAUACUAUCAGUCAUAACGUCAUUUUCAAUACUGUGCGAGAAACUAGUGAUCAUGGACCGAUCAAUACAUGGGACCGGCAACCUUACUUAACUGAUGCUAUGGAGACAGGUGUACCAUCACUCCGACAACGUAAUAGUUAUAUUCAUCACAAUGUUCUUUUCAAUAACUAUCGCUCUGUAUGGCCUAUCGAUCAUGAUGAUGGUAGUUGUUAUUAUGAAGAUAGUUACAAUUUUCUGGUGUAUGGUGGCAAGAAAAACUAUCUAGGUCACUCAAAGCUAGAUCAUCAUGAGAUUUAUGUCUACUCGGAUUUAAGUGCAGGCGGAUUCGGUAGUGGUAACUGCUUAAAUGAUUAUGCUCCUGUACGGGGCACGAGUGGAUGGAACGAAACUUGGAUUGACAACAUUUGUAUACUGUUUAACAGCUCAGUUCCCUACAGAAUUGAUAACUGUGACACGUCUAGUCUCUACGUCCCAUAUCUGGCAAACAAUACAAUCUAUGUUCCAGCAGGUAACGAGAUUGCAUUUGUUUGUAAUGUGAAUGGCACAGGUACUCGUUUGAACUUACAACAAUGGCAAUCAUAUGGGUUGGAUUUAGGUACUGUUGUUGAGACCACACCCGAUGUUCAAACAAUUAUUGCAUGGGGUCGUAAAAUGUUACAAGGCGCAAUGUAA